AUGCUUUUCUAUCCGGAAAUAAGUAUACAAAAUGAGUUGAAAAAAUUGAUGUCAUGUGCGGAUCAAGCGUACGAUUACGAACUGGAGCAAAAACGUGAAAGACUUCGAACGCUAUUACAAUCUGAGGAGGAGCUACUGGGCCGUGAAAUCAUGCAAAAAAUACAAGAAGAGGAAGCAACACGUUUACGAGUAAAACAAAACGCUCUGCUAACCGCUAAACAGGACCAGGAAAGGCAACGUGCCGAAUUUGUUAAAAACAAAAUGAUACAACUGAAGCUAAACAACUGUGACGAAAUAAGGUGCUUCAUGCAGCAAAAAUAUCACGAAGAAUCCAAAAAGUGCCAGCUGGCACAGAUAGAAGAUAAAAUGAAACUGAGACAGGCAAAAAUGGACGAAGAAAGAAUGUGGAUGGAUGUUCACGUGCGGAAGUAUAAGAUGGAUCUGGAAAAGGAGCUCUCAGAAAUGCGGGAACGAAAGAUACUGGAACAGAAAACACUACAAAACAUUCAAAAUCAAAUCAAAGAAAAAUCGUUACGAGCUGGCCAGGAAAAGAUCGAUUUACAGAAAAUUGUAUGUGCUUCUUUGCCUUUCCCCGAUCACGACCCAAAGCUGAAGGUGAUGGAUAAAAUAGAUUUAGCAGUGGAACUCAAGGAUCAGAUCAAUUUUCGCAAAGAAAUGGAACGCCGCCGGGAGGAACAAGAUAAACAGGCUAGCCGGGAGAUGAACGAAAGGCUGGCUCGGGAGCUGGAGCAGGAACGAAUAUCCCGCAGAGCAGAAGAGGAUGUGUUAAGAAAGCAAAAGGAUCAAUUCUACCAGUAUUCAAAACAUGUUCAACGACAACGGCAGCUCGAGGAAGGCAAAGUGGAAAAGUUAAUCAACGAUACAAGAGAAAAAUUUGCGCAGGAAAAUCUAGAAGCGUGCCGGUUGGAAAAACAAAAACGUCUCCAAAUGGCUACCGUUGCUUACGAAGGUCAACGAUUGCAGAUCGCCGAAAUGGAAGCGCGAAAGGCGCGGGAACGCGAAGCACGACAACAGGAAGCUCUGCGGGAGCGUGAGUUUCAGGAAAAGAAUCGCCAGGAAGCGGAACGCGCCGACUACCGAAUCCAGACAGCGGUUCAAAAGUACAGGGAUACGCUGAAGGAGCAGAUUAAAUCGGCCACACUGGAACGAGCGGAAAGAAAACGUUCGAAUCAGAUGGAAACGAACAGACUGAUUGAGCGCAGUUUCGAUGAAUUGAACUUUGUCCACAGCUAUGUGAAAGGAUCUUUCGAAUCCCAUUUCAAAAGGCACCCAAAUCUAUCACUAAUGAAAAAGAAAUACUAG